AUGACUAGCAAUACCAAUAGCACCUCAGCACGCUAUCAGCUGGAUAUCUCGGCCGAGCAGGCAGCCGAUCUGGAUAAGAAGGGCAGAGAGUCUGCAGAAAAGCGAGGCGAAACCUUCACGCCGGAGCAGAACCAAACCUUCAUCAGUGCUCCCGAGCGCAUCAUGCCGAAUUCUGCCGGCCAAUCUAGUAUCAACAAGCGGAAGCAUGUUACGGAACAAAUUGCCGAGGAGUAUGUCAAAAAGUGA